UGAUUGUGUGCGACUGUGCGUGUAAAAUAAAAUUUUCAGUUGCUCCCGUGUAUGAAGUGAAAAGUUGUGUGUCUCUCGCGUUUUUUUUUUUGUAAUAGUUCUUUUCCAAUUUCAAUUCAAUUUUCUGCUGAAAAAUAUACAUAAAUUAUUAAUAAUAAUUAUGCUAAACAUCAGUUAAAAUUGUGUGCAAGUGUUAUCAAGUGUUUUUAAGUGAAAAAUUCUUUAAAACAAAUUGCCUCAAAGAGGAUUGAAAAUUCUACUCAAAAAAAAAAUAUAGAAUAGAAAAAAAAAAAACUAACACAAUGGGUAAACAAAAAAUUUACUGUGCUAAGUGUGAGAAAAAGUGUUCGGGUGAAGUUCUGCGAGUUGCUGAUAAACAUUUUCAUAAAACUUGUUUUCAAUGUUGUCAGUGUAAAAAAUCUUUAGCCACUGGAGGCUUCUUCACCAAGGAUGGUGCAUACUUUUGCAUUCCCGAUUAUCAAAAGAUGUAUGGAACCAAAUGUGGCGCUUGUAAGCAAUAUGUCGAAGGUGAAGUUGUCUCAACUAUGGGCAAUACCUAUCAUCAAAAGUGUUUUACAUGUAGCAAGUGUAAAAAGCCUUUCCAAUCUGGAAGCAAGGUAACUAACACUGGCAAGGAGGUGCUUUGUGAAAGCUGUGUCAGUCCGGCAUCACCACAAAAGCAGCAGCAAAUUGCCCAGCAACAACAACAACAAUCAUCACCAAAGAGGGAAGCUGCAACGACUCCAACUAGUCCCACAAGAGCAACUGCCCAUCAGCAAAACACUGGUGCUGUUCUAUCAGACAAGGCUAGCAUCAAAGAAGACUACGACCCCAACGACUGUGCUGGGUGUGGUGAACUUUUGAAAGAGGGUCAAGCCCUCGUCGCUUUGGAACGUCAAUGGCAUGUAUGGUGCUUCCGUUGCAAGUCCUGCAACGCAGUCCUUAACGGAGAGUACAUGGGCAAAGAUGGUGUACCCUAUUGCGAAAAGUGCUAUCAAAAGUCGUUUGGUGUAAAAUGUGCAUACUGCCAACGUUUUAUUAGUGGAAAGGUCUUGCAAGCUGGCGACAAUCAUCACUUCCACCCAACUUGUGCUCGCUGCACAAAGUGUGGCGAUCCGUUUGGCGAUGGUGAGGAAAUGUACUUGCAAGGUAGUGCAAUUUGGCAUCCUCGCUGCGGCCCAGGACCCUCAGAGUCCGGUAUUAUACUGAACGGUGGAACUAAUGGCAAUUUUACAGACACUGAGUGCGAUCGCAUCAGCACCAGUGCCCUAAGUGAGAUGUUUUUGCGUUCGAGAACACCGAGUAUUAAUGGUUCUGUAUACUCUUCUAGCCGAAAGCACUAUCGUACAGUUAGUCCCGGUUUGAUUCUGAGAGAGUAUGGUCGGUCAGGAUGCGAUGAUAUUUCACGCAUCUACACUUAUAGUUACUUGACCGAUCAACCGCAUUAUUUGCGUAAACCAAUUGAUCCGUAUGACAAGACCCCAUUGUCGCCACACUUUCAUCGACCUUCAUCGUAUACUAGUUCUGGCAGUCGGCCACCAUCACGACCACACUCACGCAAUCGCAGUGCUAUGAAAGUGCUAGUCGAUACAAUGCGUUCGGAGACACCACGUCCCAAAAGCCCAGGCAUGAAUAAUGAAGAACCAAUCGAAUUGUCACAUUAUCCGGCUGCCAAGAAGCCACCACCAGGUGAGAAGCCAAAAAUUGAACGUGAUGAUUUUCCAGCACCACCAUAUCCAUACACGGAUCCAGAAAGAAGACGUAGAUAUUCAGAUUCUUAUAAGGGUGUACCAGCAUCGGAUGAUGAUGAUGAGGUUGAUAAUGCGAAAAAUGGUGAAGCUCAUGAAGAAGCACGUUUAAGAAGAGAAGCAGAAGAAUUGGAAAAACUUAAAUCUGGAAUUGGUUCAGUUAUUGCAAAAGAUUUAAAAGAACAUGCUAAAUAUAGAAAAUGGAAGCAAAAUAAUUUAGAUCCAAGAAAUGCUUCGCGCACACCCUCAGCAUCGAAGGAGCCUGUCUAUAAACUAAGGUACGAAUCCCCAGUUGGUGCUUCACCUUCACGAAAUCUGGAUCAUCAGAAACCGUUCUACGAAGACGAAUUGUUCGAUCGUUCAACCAGCUACAGAGGUUCAGUUGGUAAAUCAAUUGGCAACGCUCCAAGCUACAACGUGGUGAGUUCGCUUCGUCAUGUUCCUAAACCCGGAUACGGCUUGGCUCCUCGCUCUCAUACUUUCAGUUCUGCUACAACUACAGGUUCUGCUGCACAAGUUGCAACUGAUUUUUCAUUUGGAGGCUUGGGAGAUAAAACACACAGUACGGAAUUUAGCUGUGGAAAAUCAGAAGCUUCAGUUGAUUCAAUUACUGAAGGGGACAGAAGGGCAUUGAUGGGAGGUGACUUGCCAGCAUCAAGCACAUAUUCCGGUGCAUUGUCUUAUCACUAUCCACAAGCUGGACUUAUAAGGAGGAGCCUUCCAAAUAUGGCACACUCAAUGCUUGUGCACGAGCCAGCUAAGAUAUAUCCGUAUCACUUGCUUAUUAUAUCAAACUAUCGUUUGCCAACAGAUGUUGAUCGCUGCAACUUAGAGCGACAUUUAUCCGAUGUUGAAUUUGAACACAUUUUGCAAUGCAAUAGAUCGGAGUUUUAUCGACUACCACAAUGGAGGCGAAAUGAAAUCAAAAGACGCGCAAAACUUUUCUAAACAAAAAAAAAACACAAUCAUUUGUGUGUUUUGCUAAUUUUUCAGCUUAAAAACAAAACAACCAACCUCUAAUUACAAGCUAAAAGAAGUUAGUUUCUUUAAAAAAACAAAAA